AUGGAUAUGGAAAAGUUGAAGAGAAUGCAGGCCAGAGGUGGUGUCAGAACUGGUGAUGGAAAGGGUACACCAAGAAGAAAGGUUAAGAAUGUUCACAAGAGCACCGGAAUGGACGACAAGAAGCUACAGACCUCCCUCAAGAAGCUUAACGUUCAACCUAUCCAAGCUAUCGAGGAGGUAAACAUGUUCAAGUCCGACGGAAAUGUUAUCCACUUCGCCGCACCAAAGGUUCACGCUGCUGUUCCAUCCAACACCUUCGCCAUCUACGGUAACGGCGAAGAUAAGGAGCUCACCGAGCUCGUCCCAGGUAUCCUCAACCAGCUCGGCCCAGAUUCCUUAGCUUCCCUCCGCAAGCUUGCCGAGAGCUACCAAUCCAUGCAAAAGGCUGAGGGUGGUGAAGACAAGAAGGACGAUGAUGAGGAUGAUGAUGAUAUCCCAGAUUUGGUCGAGGGUGAGAACUUUGAGGACAAGGUCGAAUAA